UCAGCUCGCAGCCUUCCCAGACUCGCCUCCCCACCAACGACCAAUCCAACGACCAGUUCUCUACAGUCCACACACGCCUCUUAACGAAAGAUGUCUGCAUUCUUCGCCACAUCCGCGUCUGCCUCGGCCUCUGAGCCCGCCCGCAUCGCUGCGCCUACUCCAGCAGCUUCGCGCCAAUCUGCGACCCAGUACACGAACAUAGUCGAUGACUUCUUCGGUGUCCCGUCCUCCCGCACACGCGACAGCCGCCACGACUCAGGCUCCUGGCGCAACUCAGUGGCAUCCUACAAAUCGUCGCACCGCGACUCUGCCGCUCUGCCCCCACCUUACCUCGAAGCGCCGGAAUACACCGUGCGCGCGAAAGAGCCCGUCACACUGGCGAUGUACUUGUUCAAGUUCGGUUUCCUAUUCCCGCCGUUCUGGAUAAUGGGCGUCUUCAUCCUGUUCUCGCCCUUGCGUGCACCGCCGCCCACCUCCGUUUCCGACUCCGACGUUGAAUGUGCAUGGCUACCGGAGAAAACCGACGCUGAGCGCCAGGUCAUCAUCGAACGUCUGCGCGUCGCAGAGCUGAAAUGGGCGAAGAGGUGCUUAUACGCCUUGAUCGCACUGUUGCUCGCCGCUGUGGCCAUUGCAAUCGCUGUCUGGGCUACACUGCGGUUGCGAUGAGCAGCAGUCUGCCACCAACCAUCCAAAAACCUACACUCCUUCCGCCAAGUGAUAACGGACUUGUCUAUCACCUUCCACACGCACAAUCUCUGACAGCGUCAGAGCGCUCACUGCCCACUGUAUCGAUAUCAUUAUGUCUUGUUAUACUCUGUAACCAUACAAUUUCACGGUCAUGACUUCCACGAAUCUUCAU